AUGGCGGAAAGCAUGAACCAGAAAAUCCCCGACUUUAUAUGGCUGUACCCAGACCUGCUUUCUGAGGACGGCCUGCGCUUUAUAUUACGACAGCGGUUUAUAAAACAUUCUAAAUCAGACCUGGAAAGUCUGCCAAAGGAGGACCUAGUUGAGCUGUUUAACAGAUAUGUUCUGCCCUUGCCACAGAGGAAGUACAGAAGUAACCGCAGGGGGCAAGAAAUGACCAGGAAACAGAUUUUGCUGGACAAGAGUUUAAAAAGAAAGAGCGCUGAUGAUAGUGACCAAUCUAAAACAAAGAAGAAUAGAGCAGAUGUUCCAUCAAGUGGACUCAUCAAUCAUGUGAAUAGUUCAGCCGCUCCUGCGGCCAGGUUAAAACCUCCCCCAUCUCUUGUUAACUUUGAGAAAAAAGUUGUCAAGUUGGUGGCAUCAGGGGACAAAUGUUUACACAUCGAUGAUCAGAAAGUCGAAGGAUUGCAAGAAGCAUCAAAGGAUAAUGGUCCUAGCCCAGCAAAAAAGAAGUUUGAGAAGAUUACAUGGCCAUAG